ACCAGUUACCACCCACUCAAAGCUAAGGUUUGAGGUCGGAUCUCUCAGUUCAACUUUUUGCUCGUAAACCGCUUUAGUUCAGUUCAUUUGGUAGUUUUUCUGAGGUACACAGGGUAUACACAAUGACUGAUACAGCUCCUCCCUUAGAUGAAAAGAGUAGUUAUCCUCCUCCUUAUCCAAAUCCACAAGAAGGAGGUUACCCUCCACCUCAAGGAGGCUACCCACCACCCCAGUCCUAUCCACCACCACAAGAAGGAUACCCUCCUCCUCAGCAAGGAGGAUAUCCGCCCCCUCAAGGGAGCUAUCCACCCCCACAGCAGCAAGGGUACCCACCCCCUGGGUAUUCCGAUCCACAGGCUCCUCCUCCUCAGCAGCAGCAAUCAGCUGCUACUACAGUUGUUGUUCAGCAGCAACCUGUUGAGGUAAAGGUAGCCUUCCGGGAUAGGCCAGUUGUGUUACCUGAUGGGAAUACCACUGUUCUACGCUAUAAGAUUGGUCUUCUUAGCUGGAUUGUGGUCGGUAUUGUGUGUCUGGUUACGCUAGAGUGUGGUAUCUGCUGUGUUGGGUUCAUUGCUCUUCUGAUUGAUGGACUGAAGGACGUAGAGCACGUUCAUCCAGUCACUGGUCAAGUUGUUGGAGUCUAUAAACGUAUCUAGCCAACACAUGAUGAGGAUUGAUUAUUGAACAAUGCUCCUCGUUUUAUCUACUUUAACGCAUUGUCUGUAUUGUCUUACUGAUUGAGUAAACUUUUUAUUUGUGUCGCUCAUUCUGCUAUAAUUUUUAGAAAUUUAUUUUAAAGAGAUUAUAACAAUGAUUCAA